AUGGGCAAGGCUGAAGCGGGCAGUACAAAAUGGGUGGCCAACAAGAUGAAGUCAAAAGGCUUGCAGCGCUUGCGCUGGUGGUGUGAGCCGUGCCAGAAGCAAUGUCGCGACGCCAACGGCUUCAAAUGCCACGUCCAGAGCGAGGGCCAUGUGCGGAACCUGCAAGUUGUCGGCGAGGACCCCAAGAAGUACAUUCAAGGCUUCAGCAACGAAUUCCAAAGGGAUUUCGUCAAUCUUCUGCGGACAGCACACAACGAGAAGUGGAUCGGCGUCAACAAGUUCUACAACGAGUAUAUUCGAGACAAGGAACACGUCCACAUGAACGCUACUAAGUGGAGUUCGCUCACCGAGUUUGCCAAACACCUGGGACGUGAGGGUAUCUGUCAUGUCAAGGAAGACGAAAAGGACGGGUUGAUGAUCGCUUGGAGAGACACCUCCGUCGCGGCUUUGAACAGGCGCAACGAGAUCGCAGAGAUGGAGGCUGCCGAGGCACGAAGCGGUGCGGGCGAAGACAAGAUGUUGAAGAAGAUGGCGAAGCGUGCACAAGAAGAAGCCGAGGCCAAGAAGGCUAUCGAGGCGAAACGAGCUGCGGCACAAGCAGCAGUACAACAGCAGGUUACUCCACCGGCCGAAGGAGCGUCCCCAACCGAGGAGAAGAAGGUCGAAUCGCCGACCAACGAACAAACACAAGGAGAGAAGACAGAUGCCACGGAAGUGAAGGCGGAAGCAGCGCCUGUCAAGCUCAGUUUCGGGCUGAAAGCAAAGACUGCACCAGCGCAUAAGGCUGGACUUGGUCAGAUGAAGAGCCAGAGCAUCUUCAAGCGGAAGAAGGACGACGCGACAGCGGAACAAAAGCCCGUGAAGAAAGUCAAGUUAUGA